AUGGUGGACCUGGCAGCUGGGAUCACCUGUUCCUUUGGAAACCUGACAGAGGUGGAGGGACAGGUCAGCGGUAACCAGAUCUUCUGUCUGUCCCCCACCGCUAAGGAUGUUCCUCUCAUACCUGCUGACCAAGACUGGUCAGUUGUUGAGUUGAGGCUCAACUCUAAGGAGACUGGUCAGAUGGUCAUCAGCACGGAGGUCAAGUUCUACAACUGCAGUGUUCACCAACUGUGUCUGUCCUGUGUGAACAGUGCCUUCCGCUGCCACUGGUGCAAGUACCGUAACCUGUGUACCCACGACCCAUCCAGCUGCUCCUUCCAGGAGGGACGCGUCAACGCCUCCGAGACUCUUAGUGAGAGUGUUAACAGUGUCUGUGGUGUGAGGCCUCUGGCCAUGUCACCUGUACCCAGCAACAGUAGCCUGUUAGUGGAUAGGCUGGGUGAGAGAGGGGCCCUGGCCUGGGUAGUUACACAGGACAGCACAGGAGAGGAGAGGACUGUUAAUGCAGUGAAGCUCUGCUCUGCCCCCCAGCCAGGCUCACACUGA